GGCGGUUAUGCCGCCGCACCUUCUUGUGCUCCCCGGUCUGCCUCCAUUUUAUCACUCUUGAGCUAGGCUACGUGCUACUCUGUCUCAAUUGCUUUCUGAAUGUCCAGGAGACACCCCGGCGGCCGUACUCUUCCCGAGAACCCGUCAUGGAUCGAGUUCCCGCGUAGCGAUGGAAGUGCCGCUGCACUGCCCAAGAACACGACCAAGGUCGUGGAUAGUGAGGGCCAAGUGAACUACAUGAGGCCUGUGGACGUGGAUGAGAGCCUUUCAAUCAUGUGGCGUGUUGCAGUAGGCUCCCAGCUAGCCAUCCGCAUGCAGCUUCCUGAGGGCCCGAAGUAUGUCUUGAAGAGCUUUCCAGAAGGAUACCAGCUAUAUGAUCACAAUAAGGGUCCGGCCAAUGCGCCGCGACACGACCCAUAUCUCUGCGGGUCCACCAAUAUCAAUCGUUUCCGCUCCACUAACGAGUUCAUACCGCACGCCUUGUGGUUGAUGCAGGACGAGACUAUGAAUCGUGCAAACUGCCUGUGCAAGUACUGCACCAAGCAGCCGCAACGUAUCAUCUCAGACAACAUGGGUCUUUCCCAGGGUCGAUCUGCGUCUGUCCCUGGUGCCCUAUCAUCCCGCACCACCCGGCCCCGUCGAGAGCCACGCGAGCUUCGUGACCCACAACAGCAGCAGCGUCCGCCAGUAGUGAAACCUUACGCUGCCGUCCGCCGCGCUCCGAAGCCACCCAAGACGCUAGUAGGGCCGGAUCAAUACGUUUCUCCCGAACGAGACCUCGACAUUCGCACUUCCCUCAGCUACGGAGAGGGCCAGCGACCACGAUGGUUUCGGAAGGGAGAGCUGAUCUGGUGUAGGAUUGUUCCCCCCAUUCGUGGACGGGCUCCUGAAGAGGACAUCUCCUUUUGGCCCGGUCUCGUCGACGACGUUCAUAUCAAGACAGUGUCGGUCCCUCGGGCCCAUGUCGAUGGCGACGUGGACAUGGCGCACCUAUACGCCGAGGCCGCAGACGGUAACCCCGCUCUUGGCAGCCCCCCUGUCGCCGAUGCGACCGGGUUGCUUGCAACCGCCCCUGUGGAGACGCCAGGUCUCCUGCCUUGGACUGUCUCGCAAUACUACGAGUACAAGGUGAAGCUUUUGGGCACCCACGUGAACUUCUUGGUCAUCGAUGAGCAAGUCCUGCCAUACCUGGCCUACGCGCCAUCUGACAGCGUUCUCAACCGGGCCGAAGAAUCACUCAACCACUACUUCCAGACAGUGUCGAUUGAGCAUAUGGAUCGCGAACUAGAACAGAACAUGUUCUUCUUCGACCCCAUGGAGCCGGAGCCGCAAGGCGAAGAGUAUUUCGCGAAGUACCAGCGCGCCUCGCCGUCGUUCACUCUCGCCAUUCAGAUAGCUGCGAGCCUUGCGCUGUACUGGCUUCCUACGGACGAAUGGGAAUGCACGUUCGUAGUGCCGCCCCCAUCACAGUCUGCGUCUGCUUCGCGGCCUCACUCACCCUCUCAUCCCUCUUCUACUGGUCCACAGACUCAAGCCCAGCCCGAGACUUUGCACUCCGUCAUUCAGCAGUCUCUUAACCAGAACGCCAGCUCUUCAGCGUCUGCGCAGGUCCAUGAACCAGAGAGCAUCAGCAUGGUCGGCCGUCACCCUCGCGCGGCCGCGCCCGCACAGUAUUCCGUCAAGCAAACGCGUUUCCAGGGCCUGUGGUGGGGGACGGAACGGAUCUGGACGGACGAGCUCGUCCGGCUUAAAAUCGCGCGGUGUCAGUUCGCUCCGAAGGGCACGGACGUCAUCUACCCUCCAGCUGGGCCAUCCGCGUCGACGCUGGCCGAGUUGCAUAAAAAUCCGCCCGCCGCGGAGAUACCGAUGGACAAACUCGGGGCUAGCGAGAAGGGGCUAUUCAUGGUGCUGGAGGGUCUCUUCAUCGUGGACGUUCCGGCUGCAGAUGGGAAUGGCACCACUAAGGAGUGCCGGGCGAGUGGGGUGUUAUAUGAGUUGGUCGAGCACGACUGGGAAGAAGUGGUUGAAGAGAACAAGGCGCAUGAGGCGACCGAGACAGACAAGGGUAACGGCAAGGCUAGCGAGUCUACAGAGAAAUCAGACCAUCCGCACUCUGAGGACCCGAACGCGCCGCCGAUUAUGACGCAGCCCUCGCCUCUCAAGCCACCGCCACUUCCCAAUCCCGACCCCACCGUUCCCAUAGCAGAGACUGCCACCAACAUCCUCGAGCAGACAUCUCCAGCUGCCGGCGCCGGCGCCGCGGAGUCAAAGAAGGCGCGGAGCCUGAGCGCACAGCUAUCACAUCCUGUACUCUCGACACCGUACCCUCUUCCUCCGCCUCCGCACGGUUUCCGAUUCAGACCGAUACUGAAGCCGGGGCAUGAGGUAAUCAUUAACCUCAGUCUGAUCAGCGGACGGUACUACCCCGGCCUUCUCUACCAUCCGCAAAUGCACGACACGGUCCAGGAAGCCUUGAACAUGGCUGACAGCGAGGGCGGUUACUUCCAGAACCGACAUCUCUGGGCGAUGGAGGGUCUGCUGCCCGGAGUGCAUCAGUCGAUGGAGCCGAGGCACUGGAAACCCUCGCGGGUGAUCAUGCUGCAGGAGGCUGACAAGCAAGCUCGGGAGCGGUUCCGCGAGCGGUGGGAGGAAACCAAGAUAGAGAGGUUGCACCCUCCGGAAGCGAAGCCGGAUGUGAACUGGAGUGGUAUUCUAGGAGACAAUGACGCAGCCAUGGUAGUCGAUUCGUGAACUCCUGUCGUGUUGUUUGCUUGUACUGGCCGCAACGAUGAGAACAACAGGUUGCUUGAUAUCAUGUAUUGAGCCUAUCGGACUGUGCCGCCGCCGUCAUGUGGCGACGGAGUGAUUGUUGGCG